AUGAACUCUAUCGAUCUUCAAACUUAUCAUUCCGAUUCCGAAUAUAUUUAUUCCUUCAACAAAAAUCUUAUUCAACCCGACGAAAAUAUUAAUCAAUUUUUUUCAACUGAACCCGUUGCGUUUCAACUUGACCAACCUUUCAACGUAGAUUGUUAUUACCCUUGUCAACAAUAUAUUCAAGAUUAUACUACUUCUUAUAGUUCUCCUGAAAGUAUUUCAGAGUACGAACUUAGUUCUGACGAUUAUUCUUCCACCGCUUCAGUCAUUUCUUCUCCAAAUCUUACUACCGAUUCAAUGUUUUAUACUCAUCAAGACAACGGUGAUUCUUUCGAUUAUUCUCAAGAAAGUUUAUAUCAAGAUAUGCCUGAUAUACCCUUUCAAUAUCAAGAUCUUGGUAUAAUGAAUUCUUCCAUCGACGAUCUAAACAUCUCUUGCGUUGGUCAAUCUGACGAUUCCGCCGAUCUAUUAUCAAAUGCUUUUACUCAAUGUCCUCAACCCAUUAUGUUUAAUUUUGUUCCUACUCCUCUUUCUCCAACAAAGGAUUCGUCUCUUCUUCCUUAUGAUCCUACCAUGAAUUCUCAACCUAUUCAAUCCACUCAACCAUCGGAUAAUAUCUCAAAUUCUCAAAUUGUAAAUUCUCAAAUUGGAGAUACCGAGCAACAAAUUAAACAAAAAUCUCCGAAAAAAUCGGACUCCGCCUCAUCACGUAAUAAAGUAUCACAUAGGAGCCACAGAAGGUCACUUCCAAGUGGCAUGGUCGAACGAUUACAUACUAUGAAUUUGGCUCCUCCAAAACCUUCUCGUAAAUCAAAAACUUGUUCGCCAUUUAGUUGUCCUUACGAAGAUUGUACGAAAACUUUUACCAGACAAUACAACCUUAAAUCUCAUCUUCGUACUCAUACCGACGAAAGACCUUUUCUUUGUGGUUAUCAAGGUUGUAUGCGUGCUUUUGCACGCCAACAUGAUCGCAAGAGGCAUUAUAAUUUACAUCUUGGCUUUAAACCUCAUGUUUGUAAUCAUUGUGGCCGCGCUUUCGCUAGAUUAGAUGCUUUGAACAGACACCUUAGGUCUGACAGUGGCGCUCCUUGCGCUCAAGCCACUCUUCCUAGUACUGGCGCAAAAAAAUUUAAACCCAUUAGCAUGUAA